UAAAAACAAAUUUGUUGACUGCUGGUCUAGUUGAUUCGGCCGUUAGACAUUGUUGAGGAUACUUGUUGCUUUGCCUCCUCGUCAAUAGUGGCACAUUUCCCAGCUCGGAGGAGACCAAUCAUCUUGUGCACAUUCCGAUUAUUGUUCAACAGCAGAAUUCGAAACGAUAACGCCGGAAACCCAUUCACCAUUUUACGGAUAAUCUGAAUUUCAAUUUUUUGGGGAAAUUGUUUUGUUCAAGAUGGCACAGUCGAGCGUGAUUCGCGGUCUCACUUUAAUUGCCGUCGUUCUGCAACUCUUGGCGCUCACGACAUCAACGCCAUCACAGACGGGGUACAACAGCCCUAAGAGUAAUAAACGGCCACUUAAGAGUUACAGCUAUUACGAGAGUUGGAACUACAUUAAGACGGAUAAAGAACCUAACAAGCCGAAAUGGACACACAAAGAUCAAAUGAAUUGGCCACGUCUAUUCCCGACUUGCGCCACGAGGAGGCAAUCGCCUAUCGACAUCCAGCCAAAAGAGACUGUCCUCGCUGCAUUCCCGAACUUUGUGUUCCACAACUACGGCCACAUCAACAACAUGACUAUGGUUAACAACGGACAUACCGUGACAAUCAAUUUGCCGGAGGACUAUCCCAAGCACAAAAUACCCCACAUUACCGGUGGCGGACUCAACGGCACGUACAAUUUCGCCCAGAUGCAUAUGCACUGGGGAGUCGAUUCUACACUAGGUAGCGAACAUCGCAUCAAAUCCAGAAGCCAUCCACUUGAACUUCAUAUUAUUCAUUGGAAUUCCAAAUACGGAUCCUUCGCUCAAGCCAGUAUGCAAGGAUUGCCCGCAGAAGACGGACUGGCCGUCUUUGCAGUUUUAGUCGAGGUGGGAUUGGGCGACAACAAAUCUUUUAUGCCCAUCACCGACCAAGUCGGCGAAGUCACAAAAAACGGCGACGAAACGAUUUUGAGGAAACCGAUUUCGAUUCAGGACGUCAUGCCCAAACAGAAAUCGUCUUUCUUUCGCUAUUUCGGUUCGUUGACUACUCCCCUUUGCCAUGAAAUCGUCACCUGGACCGUUUUCGACAACUUUAUUGAAAUUUCCGAAAAACAGUUGGCCAAGUUCAGGAAUCUAAAAGACGAAGUCGGCGAUCGUAUGGUGAACAAUUUCCGGACGCCGCAGCCGGUGAACGACCGCACUGUCUUUUACAGAUCGUUCACCGGAUGCGAAAUAUCAAAAAGUUUGUCGGACGCUAAUUCAGUGGCGGAUGUUUUCAAGUGGACGAAAUGUUUAAUGAGUUACGCCUUCAAUUCCAUCUUUCCCUCCUCCUAAUGUGAGCAUAAGCCCUUGUGCAGUAUUCUCAAUUAUUAUUAUCACGGUGACAAAUAUUUUAUUUGAAAAGACUAAAUUAACUAUAUGUAUACAGUAAUGUCAUGAAAAUUUAUCUCAUGAUGAAAACGAUUUUUUUUUCACGAUUUAAAAGGGAAUCUAUUCUUUAAAUAAGUUUGAAAUUUUUCCAACUAGACCUCCUUGACACUGUUCACGUCGAGCCAUAAUUCAUUCCUCGUGCGUUACGCGGUGAUAGCUAGCGUAAGUUUUUAUAGACAGUGGUGAAAGAACCGUGUCAAAAUGUAUCCGAAUCAAUUUCGAACAUUCCCAACAUUUUCCCGCCUUUUGUUCUUACUUCUGCAAUGUCAUGUGUCAUGUACGAAAUAAUAUAAAAUAAUAUAUAUACAUUUUUUGGUUUUUCGUUA